AUAAGUGCGUGCAAAUAAAACGGAUUUUCAACGGCCACGCCUCCAUUUCUUUCGAACCAAACGACAAAGCUUUCUCUUUUUUUUUUUUUUUUUUUUUUUUUUUGCAGAAAAAAAAGAAAAAAAACUGUUCUUUUUCUUCUUCUUUCUUUUGAUUUUACGUUUUUUUUUUUUUUUUAUCGAAUUCAUUGCUACGUUAAUGCGACAAAGAAACCCCAUCUUGAAAUUUCCGUUGAUUUCUUUGUUUAAUUCCUGGGUUUCUUAGUCGUUUUUAUGGUGUAAUUAAACCCCUCCUCCAGGUGUUUGAUGCUUUACCACAAAGGGGAUUUGAUUCUCAAACUGGGUUUUUUCUUUUUGUUCUUUUGUUGGAUUUAUAAGGAAGAGAAUUUGGUUCCACUUUGUAGCUUCUGGAUGCUUGAUUGAGGAUUGAUUGGUUUUGAGAUUACAGGGGAGUUUUUUAAGUGAAGGCAGUGGUGUAGUUGGAGACUGAUUUUGAUUUCGGUUCGGGAGACGAUUGUGUGUUUUUGGGGUGUGUUGUUGUCUUAAGCGGAGUUGUCCUCUCUAAGCCGGGAUGGAACAAUUCCGGCGUAUUGGAGAGGUAUUGGGAAGUUUAAAGGCUCUUAUGGUGUUGCAAGAUGAUAUUCAAUUCAACCAGCGUCAAUGUUGUUUACUUCAUGAUAUGUUUAGUUUGGCUUUUGAUACCAUUGCCGGAGAGAUUAGGGAUAAUCUUAAGCUUGAAGAGAAGAACACCAAGUGGAAAGCUCUUGAACAGCCUUUGAGGGAAUUGCAUAGAGUUUUUAAAGAAGGGGAGCUUUACAUUAAGCAAUGCUUAGAUUCCAAAGACUGGUGGGCUAAAGUAAUCAGCUUCCAUCAGAACAAAGACUGCAUUGAAUUCCAUGUCCAUAACUUGCUUUCAUGCUUUCCUGCUGUCAUUGAAGCGAUUGAGAUGGCUGGAGAGAUAUCGGGGCUCGAUCAGGACGAGAUGCAGAAGAGGAGGCUUGUACUUAUGAGGAAAUAUGAUAUGGAAUGGAAUGACCUGAAACUGUUCCAUUGGAGAUUUGGGAAACAGUAUUUGGUUCCUCGAGAAAUACGUAAUCGGAUACAGAGCGUUUUGAGAGAAGAUCGGUGGCUGCUAGUUGAAGCACUCAAAGAGAAAAUAAGUUCACCAGGAACAGCUAUUUCAAAGAACGAGCAGCGGCUUGGUGAAUUGUUGGUAAAGAAAUUAAACAAUUCGGAACCGUCGAAAACAAAGCUGUUCCCAAGUUCGAUUUUAUUUGGAACAAAGGAUUAUCAGGUAAGGAGACGGUUGGACGGAGGGCAGUCUAAGGAAGUUCAAUGGUUUGGAGAGAACUUUGGUAUGAGACAGUUCACGGCGGAAACUGAAGAGACAGAAUCCGAGGUUCCAAUUCUUUUAUCACUUUUACAUCCUAAUAUAUUGCAAUAUCUCUGCGGCUUUUUGGAUGAGGAGAAGAAAGAGUACUUUCUUAUAACGGAGUUGAUGUCCAAGGAUCUUUCUUCCUACUUGAAGGAUAACAAUGGAGCGAGGAGAAGAGUCUUGUUUCCUCUAAAUGUUUCGGUUGAUAUCAUGCUACAAAUUGCUAGAGGCAUGGAAUAUCUUCACUCUCAAAUGAUCUAUCAUGGAGAUUUAAACCCUUCCAAUGUAUUUAUGAAGCCAAGAAACUCUUCAGAAGGCUCUUAUCUAGUAAAAGUCGCUGGUUUCGGUUUAUCAUCCAUCAAGAAUUCACCUCCCAGAAACUCAACAAACCAACUAGAAACCAACCCUUUUAUCUGGCAUGCCCCAGAAGUGAUGGCAGAGCAAGAACAACAAGGUCCAGGAACUGUUUCUUUUUUCCGGAAGACAGAGAAAGCAGAUGUUUACAGUUUUGGAAUGCUUUGUUUUGAGCUUUUGACUGGAAAGGUUCCUUUUGAAGACAGCCAUUUACAAGGGGAGAAGAUGAGUCGCAAUAUCCGAGCAGGAGAGAGACCCCUCUUCCCGUUUCCAACUCCUAAGUACUUGGUCAGCCUUACAAAAAGAUGCUGGCACUCUGACCCGUCUCAGCGUUUAUCUUUCUCUUCCAUUUGUCGAAUCCUUCGCCAGGUGAAGAAAUUCCUCGCUAUGAACCCUGAAAGCAAUCAGCCCGAACUGCAAAUGCCUACCGUCGAUUACUGCGACGUUGAAGCGGGAGUUGCAAGGAAGUUUUCCUCAGAUGGGGUUGGUGAUUUGUGUUCAGUUUCACAAAUUCCAUUCCAAAUGUUUGCUUAUAGACUUGCAGAGAAGGAGAAGACAAAUCCAAGCAAAAUCAAGACUUGGGAUUCUGCAAGUGAUGUGGUUUCCAUUAGUAAGGAUGAUUGUGCAUCCAUUUAUAGGGAUGACACAGUUUCUGUAAUAGAAGAUCCAUUCACCAUCCCAGCAAGUGAUACUAGAUCCCUUUAUUCCGAUAUGAGAUCUGUCUAUUCUGAAGCUCCACCGAAGAAAAUGCCAAAUUCAAAGAAACUCCCAGAUACAAAGAUCAAAAAAGGCACAAGAAUCCCAGAAACAAAAACACGAAUGGCUUCACGAACACCAACACGAACACCGACACGUACAACUUCACGACCUCGAGAAUUGAAGACAAACAGAGACAUCCCUUUACCAUUUUCUAGCCCUCUGAGUAAGGGAAGAAGGAGACCGAAUGGUCAUGUCUCGGACUCGGAGAUUCACUAGCUUUUUCUUGCUUCUUCACUGAUGGAAGCCUUUUUGUAGAGCUUUUCUUCUACAUUGUUGUGAUAUUUCAGACAUUGUUUCAAGUCAACAUAGAAUCAGAUACUUCAUUUGCUUUCUUUUCUCUUGCAGAAAUAGUCAUAGAAUCAAGUUCAUGUUAGCUUCUUGUAAUUAAGUUCUUGUAGUUUCAGGACAUCAGAAAGAAUAGCUGAUUCUGUUUUUUUUUUUU